UUGGCUUGUCAGCCCGGCCCAAAAAUUCACAGCCUUCAGAAUGGGCGCAGCCGAGGGUGCAAUGAGGGAGCACGACCCCUUGCUUCCUGAACAUCGACACCUGGUUACCAGGCCUCGAGCGGAUGCUCGAUCGAGCAAAUCCAGGAAUGAGACUUCCUCAGGAACUUUGCUGGGAAUGCAAAACCUUCCUAAGGUUGCGAGGGGUCAGAUCUCGUUACCAGCAGGACCGGCAGGCGGUGCAAAAUGCCCGACCGCAGACUCGGACCUGAGCACCACGGACGCCACGGGCCGGAGCCAGGACGGCGACAGUGAUUGCUACAUUGACAACCUUUCUCCUUGCCGUUCUCCUGGCCCUCCAGAGGCCCCCGUUAUUAUCCUCGAUUGGGAUGACACGUUGCUUCCCACCAGCUUCUUGCGAGAUGCAUUGAAGAUCUAUCCCAACAGGUCUGGUGGCCAGAGCCAGCGGACAGCUGUGCGAAAGAGCAAGGUUUCGAGGAACUCGGGCUUUCCGUGUCAGGCGGCUAUAGAUUCGCAUUGCGAUCUCAUUCGCGAGCUGCUUCUGGCUGCAAGGUCGGUGGCUCAUGUUGCUAUUGUGACCUUGGCAGAGAGGCCAUGGGUGAACGACUCAGCAGAGCAUUUCUUGCCGGGCCUCAACUUGAAGCGCCUCUUGCGCGAUUUAGACAUCCCUGUGUAUUACGCGGUAGAAUAUCGGAAGUCAACGAGGAAUCCACUCUGCCCUGAAACUCCACCUGCAUGUUCCAAGCGCAUGGCAAUGGACGAUUUCAUCAACAGUCUUGAGCGGGACUACGGAACGAGGUUGAACGUCCUUUCAGUUGGCGACUCUAUGGCAGAGCGUGAAGCAGCUAGGAAAGCAGCUGCCAGUUUGGAGAAGAAAGCAUGCAGAGCGGGAGAGCCAAUGCCUUGGUGCAAGACGAUCAAAUUUCAGACGGAUCCCUCUUUGAAGAUGCUGAGCUUAGAGUUGAGGUCCCUGCUGUGUAACUUGGACCGCUUUUUGGCCCUUGAUCAUGAUCUUGACCUGAUCUUUGAGCAGCAAGACAGCAUCGAGGAUAUAGAGGAGAAGAUCCUGGAGACCGUGGGCUUCGUGGGCUACAGCUAGGAUAGCUAGGUCGUUCUGAUGACUUGCAGCGCUGCAAGUUGUUGACUUGGCAUAAAGCUAAGCCAUACCCGCAAAAUCCGGCUGGACUUUGCAAAACCAAAA